AUGGACGACCUGCGAUUCCGCUCCCAACAGUCCCCUAGGAGCAACGACUCGCCAAUGAACUCGCUUGUCUCACCUCCUCGUAAUACCUCGAGAAUGCCCGGCCCUCAAGUCCCAACCCACGUUGGCGCUCACGAUCAUCGAAACAACCUUUCUCGUCGCUUCACUACCGACUCGGGUCGAGUCCCUACACUCUCUUCCUUGAACGCCAUGGCUUCUCCCCAGCGAGGCCCCGAUCCGGGCCAGGAUUACAACACUAUGCACAAGGUGCAAUUGAUAGAGAAAAAGAAGAUGGAAUAUGAGCGCAUUCGGGAACAGAGACGGCGCUUCGAGUUAGAAAUGCAAAAACUGGACCAACAGCAACGGCGCGAAGCCAUCGAACUUGCUCAGAUGGAAGAAGAGAUGGGUCGAUUGGGCGGUCAUCAGUCUGAGCCCACCACACCACCCGAAUAUCGCGACAACUCUGGGUUUCCCUCCAUUUUCUCCCGACCGAGCCGAUAUUCGAUGUCCAGCUUGACCUCCCCUCCAGGUCUCUUUAACCGCCCUGGCCGCUCCGGCUCGCAACUUGCCUCUCCACAGUCUGGUAUCAUGCAGGGUCGUUUUGGAUUCGAGGACACCACGACGCAGAUGCCUUCUCGCUCUGUGCCGACUACGCGGCGGAACAGCGACGAUGAGAAGGAAGAGGCAGUUCGCCAAGACCCUAGUAGCCACCGGUCAACCAAUGCGUAA